UGGGAACAAUAAAUAUAUUGGCUAAACUUCCUGGAAGUGGAAACUGUAACUUCCGGUUUCGAUUGUCAGUGGUGAAAAUCGCCCCCAAAAAUAUUUUUAUAACUGGCUUGCAAAACAGUUUGUUUUAAUAAUUUUUUACUGUUGUAAUCCCACAUUUCUGAUAAAAGAGCUUGUUAUUUAUAACAGUUUAUUGUUGCUCUUUCAACAAGAUAGACUAGCCAAUUAACCAAUACAAUUCGAUUUGAACAGACUAGGCAGGGAACCGGGGUGAGACUAUAUAGCUGCUAUACUAUAUAAUCAGCCUUUACAUUUUUGCACCGUACGCAACCCCCAGAAUAGCAUAAAUCGUCUGAGAUAAGGAAGAUUCAUUAAACUUAACACAAUUUUCCUCUAGUCUGUGAAAUUCAGUUUGCACAUACUGCACAAUGACUAAGCAUGAUAUUUCCCUAUGCAGAUCACAUUUUUCACUUAAUCUCAAGUAGCCUGAGUCACUGCCAGGCUGCCUGUCCUGAUAUUGACAUGGACGUGAAUAUGAAGCAUAUCUAACAGGCAAUAUCCGUUUCAGAAAAAAAGCUUUCUUGCAUGACUUGAAUAGGAAAUGUAAUUUUCAGUGAGCAGCUGAAAUCACUGUCAGUCAGGUUGGCCUAUAUAGUUGUUCUGCCUUGCCAUUCAUAGCCUUGCAAAUUACAUAUGAAAAAUGAAAGCUAUUUGAAAACUAUAGUCUAUAGUUACAAUGGUGAAAAUUGACGUUCUGCAACCAUUCCGGUCCUGCCCAUUUGAACGUAAGCCUAUGCUUUUUAACCUUGGAGUGUAUAAGGAACAUUUAUGGGAGAUGUACUAAUGACCUGGAGUGCUGGGAAACACAUAGGGACGAAAAUAUACCCAAAAUCAUCACAGAUAAAGGACGAAAUAUGUGCACUGUCUAUUCUAUUACUGAAUGUCCAAAUGUAGAAAAUUACUCCUAUGCACGGUGACACCCAGUGGAGAACUGAGGCAAAGACAGGAAAGUUCCUGAAGACACUGGAGCUCCAAGUGGAAGAAUAUAAAAGCUGUGAAACUCCCACUGCUUUGACAGAAACCAACACUGAACACACGGUACAAUCUCAGAGCAAGGGGACUCAACAUUAACAUUGACUGAAGAUGCUGUGCUCCCGAGUAUUCCAGUCUUCCCUCAGCCCUUUGAUGGACUUCUACUGGCCUGUGCGCAGUCUUUGGCCAGAGGUCCAACCUCUUCUCUGCCAGCGGUAUUUACUGCAGAGAAACAUGCUGGAGAUCAAGAGCAGUCUGGAACUGAUGGAGAAACAUCAGCAGCACAUCUUUGGAGAGAUGGACUAUGUCCCAGCCUCUGUGGUCAUCCAACCAGUCUCCUACACGCUGGAGAAAGAGAGAGAGGGUUUUGCCCUGGCACUGGAGACUAAAGACUUCUCCCUAGAGGAGCUGUCUGUCAAGCAGGUGGGCAGGAAGCUGAGAGUCAGUGGGAAGACAGAGAAGAAGCAGGAUGAUGGGGAAGGCUCUUACUCUUACAGAUGCCAGGAGUUCAGACAGGAAUUUGGUCUGCCUGAUGGGGUGAAUCCUGAGACUGUCACCUGCUCCCUGGAUCAUGACUGGAAGCUCCACAUCGAGGCUCCAAAGAAUCCAUCAUCUGCUGAGGAGGUGGCUGAGAGAGUGGUGCCCAUCAACUGUAGCCUGAAUGUGAAGUUGCCACAAUUCCUCAGCUCACAGGCAGAGGGCAGCAACACAGAGGGCAGCACCUCAGACACAUAGGAGAAACAACAGAACACUAUUUCACAUAAGGACUGAUCAUACACUGCUCAACAACAAAAAAAGGGAACACUUAAACAACACAAUGUCACUCCAAGUCAAUCACACUUCUGUGAAAUC